AUGCUUGACAUACUACGACCGAGUAGAGAAUUGAAAUGCCUUAAAAUUGGGUUCUACAGGGGUUCAACAUUUCCCAGUUGGAUUGGGGAUCCGUCACUUUCUAAAACAGUGCGCAUUGAUCUUAGAGACUGUACAAAUUGUGUGUCUUUACCACCACUUGGCCAACUACCCAUCCUGAAAGAACUACACAUUCAAGGCAUGCAUGCAGUGAAAAGCAUAGGUGCUGAGUUCUACGGGGUUGGUAGUGCAUUGGAGACUCGAUUUCCAUCACUCGAGACUCUAAGCUUUGAGGGGAUGCCUGAAUGGGAGGAAUGGUCUUGUGGUAAUGCUGGUGAAUUUGUAGGACAUUUACCUCGUCUUCAUGAGCUUACUAUGGUCCAUUGUCCUAAAUUGGAGGAAUUUACGCAUUUCUUGGUGUCACUUCAAGUUCUUGAAUUGGGUGAUUGUGAUAUGCUGGUGACAUUGCUGAAGGGUGGGAUUACACCACGACAUCUUUCCCAUCUGCAAUGCCUCCAUGUCGAGGGGUGUUCACAACUUGUGUGCUUGGUUGAAGAAGCUCAAAUGCUACAUUGCAAUCUUGAAUCUUUGGAAGUACAUGACUGUGAUCGUCUAGAGAGGUUGCCAACUGGCCUGAAAAACCAUACAUCUCUCAAAAUGUUGACAAUCAGAAAAUGCCCAAAGCUUGUGUCUUUUCCGGAGGCCAGUCUCCCACCCAUGCUUAGAAGUCUCUCAAUAAGAGACUGCAGUUCACUGGAGUCGCUGCCUAAUUACAACUCCUGUCUCGAGGAGUUACACCUCUGGAACUGCUCGUCUCUGAGAUCCUUGCCAAUGGACACAUUUCCCUCCACCAUUAAGUCAAUUUACAUUAAAGAUUGCAUGAAUUUGGAUUCAAUUUCAGAGAUGAAGAUCGAGCUAGAUUGCUUUAGGAUCAGUGAUUGGCCGAAUUUGGAGCUGUUGCGUGUGUUCGCGCCAGAUUUUUCCUAUGUCUUGUCUUACAAUAUCGGGCUGUCGUUCCCUCCAGGAAGUGGUUUGCUCACUCCCAACCUAAGACGCCUUUCUAUUAAGGGGAUGGCAAAUGAUAUUUCCUUAAAGGGCAAGUUUGAAAGCCUCACAUCCCUUGAAGAGUUGAGCAUGUCUGAUUGUCAAAGUCUUGGGUCCUUCCCUGAUGGGAAUUUGCCCCCUAACUUAACAAAACUUCAAAUCAACAGGUGUGGAAAACUAAAGCCUCUAUCAGAGUGGGGCCUACACCGACUCUCUUCCCUUCGUACAUUUUUAAUGAUGGAUGUUUAUCCAGAGCUACGUUCCUUUUUGGAUGAGGGUUUGCUCCUUCCUUCUUCUGUAAAAUCGCUUGUUAUUGCAAGCAUGCCUAAUCUCAAGUCACUCGGGCUCCAGAACUUGAGCUCUCUUAAUUACCUGGAGAUAUUCGACUGCCCUAAUCUUCGUUCCUUGCCUGACGUACUCACUACACUGUCAAGUCUUCGUAUCAUGCGCUGUCCGCAUCUUAAACGCCGUUUCUCAAAGGAGAAAGGCAUGGAUUGGCCUAAGAUCGCUGGCAUCCCAUAUGUUGAUAUAGUGUGA